CUUCCAGAGACAUAGAAAGACCGGUCACCUACCACCGCCCACUCCAUCGUUGGGGUUCUAACAUUGUUGACGCAUCCUUGGCGCCUACAUCACCGCCUCCACCUCGGCCUAGGUGCUCACCGAUCCUCGCUCGCAUCCACGGCGCCGUACCACACACACCUCGCCCUCUCCCCCACACCUCACAACCACCUACACACAAUGGCGUCGAGAAAGAAGGUCCUCCUCAAGGUCAUCAUCCUCGGAGACAGCGGCGUGGGCAAGACGAGCUUGAUGAACCAAUAUGUCAAUAAGAAGUUCAGCGCGAGCUACAAAGCCACGAUAGGCGCCGACUUCCUCACCAAGGAAGUGCUGGUCGACGACAGGCUGGUGACGAUGCAGCUCUGGGACACUGCCGGCCAGGAGCGCUUCCAAUCGCUAGGUGUCGCCUUCUACCGUGGCGCCGACUGCUGCGUGCUGGUCUACGAUGUCAACAACUCCAAGAGUUUUGACACACUGGACAGCUGGCGGGACGAGUUCUUGGUCCAGGCUAGCCCCAUGGACCCGGAGAGCUUCCCUUUUGUCGUACUCGGCAACAAGAUCGAUGUUGAGGAGAGCAAGAGAAUGAUCUCUUCCAAGCGCGCCAUGACGUUCUGCCAGUCCAAGGGUGGCAUCCCGUACUUCGAGACGAGCGCAAAAGAGGCCGUCAACGUCGAGCAGGCUUUUGAAGUCAUCGCACGCCAAGCCCUUGCGCAAGAAGAUGUGGGCGAUUUCAGCAACGACUUUCCCGAGACGAUCCCCAUCGACCUCAAGGGUAACGAGGGUGGAUGCGCCUGCUAGUCUAUGCCGUUUUAUCAUGAAGGUUGUCCCACCAAGUGUUGAUGUCCGUCUCGCCAUAAUGUAGUCUUCCGUUGGAGUUUAUACGGAGUCUGGUGCACAGCAUACUUUGCGCGAUGAAGAGGCGCCUCCUCUUACGUUCAAUCUCCCAUUUGGUAGCUGGUUUCGGG